AUGUGGAGGGAAAAUGAUAACCUAGAAAUAAAAGUUUUUGUUUUUGACUAAACGCUCAAUGAAUAACAGUGAAUAAGCUUAUCUAAAGAGUAAGAUUCUGAUCAUGUAAAAUUUUGUUCUUUCAAUAACAAGUUUUUAUCAUAAUCGAUAAGAUUGUAGGCCCACUUCGCAGUUGAUAUGGAGAAUAAGUUAUAGUUUCUUUAAUGCAGACAAACCUGCAACCUCCAAUCGACAGUCAAGCUCAAUUUUUACUGCAGUAAAGUCGUGUUUAUCAUUUGUAAGUAAUUGCGGAAAAAUGUGGGAUAAAUUUACAUUUGGAUUGAACACCGAAGGUGAAAGUGUAAACUUCGGAACAAAACUAUCCAAUGAUGAUAAUAUCUAUGCAUUCGAGACAAAAACGUUGGCUACAAUUCAUAGGAAUGCGGCAGAAAAUGUCGAGGUUGAUGGAUUAUCUCAGUCAUUCAAACCAAUAUCAGUUUCUCAUCAGAAAAGCAUAUGCAUUGCCAUUGAGAAUUCGUUGGUUAUAUUUGAUGCAACCUGCAGUCAAGUGCUGCUAAAUAUCAAUUUCAACGCUAAAAUAACUUCAUAUAAUAUGUGCAAUGAUGGCGCCUUCUUAUUCGUUGCAUUGAGCAAUCUGGAGAUCUAUUGCGUCCAAUGUGCGAUGGCAAAAUAUGAACGAAUUUUCUCAAAUGCUGAGACAAGUUUUGAAAUCAAGCAGCAAUCGAAACUUCCAAAUGAGAUAGUGUCCAUCUUUAUAGAGCAUAACGAAUCAAAAAAUGUCAUUAAUUUGUUUUUCAUCUUCACAUCUGGAAUGAUUGUGAGGUUAUCAGAGCUGGAUAUAAAUUUGCUGGAAGAAUCUUUCAACUGUGAUAAUUCUCAAGAAAAACUGGAAAAUAUCUUCGCAAAUACAACCCACUCCAAGCUAAUAUCAACUUUAUUAAACAGCAACAACGCCGUUCGAGCCGUGUGUGACUUUAAAAGGAACUUAUUUAUUUCGAAUGGUAAACUGUUGAUGAAGUGUUCUCUAGAUUGUAUAGACCAACCUGAUAAGGAGAGUUCAGACGUUGAUAUUGGCAUCUCCUCCAUUAAAUGCGCAAUGCCUGAUCAAAUACUGCUGAAAAAACUUGAAUGUGGUCAAAGAUUUCUUUUCGGCAUUACUUCCGAUGAAAAUUUGAUCGUAAUCUGUCCAGUUACUCUUAUAACUCUAUCUAUUCUGCCGUUCAAGACUUGUAUUGAUUUCACAGUAGUCAAAGGCAAAUCUGAAGAAGCCAUCUUGAUCUUCACCUCCAAUAAAAUAAUUAGUGUCUCCAGUUAUGAUUUCUCUGAAAAGUAUGUUAUCAACUUACCCAAUAGCUCUCUACCUGUUUAUAAUCAGAACGAGGAUGAUCCAGCUUUUGAAGAGAUCUUAUUCGUGGAACUGAGUGAUGAGAAGUCAUUGACAGUAAAAGUUUUGGAAGAGACACAACCUGAUGCUCGGUUGAAGAAACUGCUCCGGAAAGGUCGAUUUGAAGAAGCGAAAAAAUUCUGCACGUUUUUUGGCUUGGAUAUUCAAAUUGUUCAUCGCGCUGAAGCGGCGCGCGUGUUUGAAGAACUAAUGCCGUGGACACAAUCAAAACCUGUUACUGUCGAUGAAUUUAUUGUUCUUCUUGAACUGAUUGAGGAUAUUGAAUUUGUCGGCGAUUACUGUAUCAAUGCUAUCACCGCGGACUUGCGUGACAUUCUGAAGCUACUCAAUUACGGAAUGAGAAGAGUGAAACAGACGCUGAAUAGAAGUGAGCAAGACGAGGAGAAAGAAGCAGCACCUGACCGCCGAGCGCUUCUCAAGCUCUAUUCGAUGAUGGGCUCACUUGUGCAGCGUCUAAACACAUUUAUCAUCAUACAACAAUCGCCAUCGCCGUCGGCUUCAUUCGACCUCUGGAUUUCAUUCUCAAAAGCCAACUUACUGUCCGAAGUCCGCGAACAUCUCAGAAAGGGUGAGUUGAAUGCUGCAAAGAUCAUUUGGGGCAGACAUUGGAAUGAAAUCCGUGGCAAACUGAAAUACAAUGCUGUCAUCGAAAUGUUGAGUGAGUUGCCAGAUUCGAUAUCAGUGCAAGAAUCAGCUGAUUGGACCAGAAAAUUGGUUGGAAAUGUUCUGUUGAAGAACGAUCCAUCAAGUUUAGCAAGCAUCGUUGAUUGGACAGUGGAGAAGGCAUUGUCGUACGAUCUCAUUGAUAGAGACAGUUGGCUAGAAAAAGGCAUCAGUUUGGCUGAGCUGAUGCUCGACAUUGUGCUGAAAGUGGAGGAGUCAGACGCGGCUGUUGGGCUGGAGAACAUUCUCAUUGAGAAACUGAGUGCAUUUCUCACAACACUCCGCCAAAUAUCCUGUUUGAAACUUGUCUAUCAUAUUAAUAUCACAUACAAACAUUUCGUCGAGGUAAAUAUAACCAUAGAGAAAAAAUAGUUUUUAAGAAAAUAU